AUGGCAGAAGAAUCUGCUGCUCCUUCUACUUCCGCUGACAAAACUGAGAGGUAAGAUAUAAUUAGAUGUAAGAAUAGUGCAAGUGCGUUUGAGAGUAGUGUAACUAUCUUCCUGUAAUAGUCAGCUACUACUAGUUACAUUGAUUGGAAUAGAUGAAUGAAACAAGAGCAGUUUUUAAACACUGACACUCUUGAUUUACUAUAGUAAAAAAGGUAAAUAAUGACCAAGCUUGCUUCUAACAGCUAUAUGUUGUGGCUAACAACCUGGUUUCUUCCAGUAGCACCUUAGAGACCAACUAAGUUAGUUUACCUGAAGUGUGCAUGUACACGAAAGCUCAUACCAAUAACUAACUUAGUUGGUCUCUAAGGUGCUACUGGAAGGAUUUUUUUUAUUUUGUUUCGACUAUGGCAGACCAAUACGGCUACCUACCUGUAACUAGAACCUUGUUUCUAUUUUUCUAGUAUGGAUGUGGAUGCAGAAGCCAAGAAAUACCUCGGCUUGGGGCAGAAAAAUCUGGUAAUGGGAGAUAUUCCAGCUGCUGUUAAUGCAUUUCAGGAAGCUGCUUCUCUGUUGUAAGUAAUGAGAUUUAUCCCUUCAGUUGAAUUUUCAUUUGAUGAAGGGAAUUUAGCCUAUCUUAGGGAUAACCACCUUUUUUCUUUCUAUUAUGGGCUGCAUUCUCUUGGGGGUAGUCAGUGGAGAACUGCAUGCUAGUGGUGCACAGAGCCAGAAACAAGUAUUCUGAAUUAAUAUCUGCAAUACAGACAGCUUCAUUUUUUUCGUUCCCAAAUUAGAAUUCUUUAUUCUAUGUAGAGCUACCGAAAAGUAAACCCCACUGGGUUUUACAGGGUUACUCUCAAGUUCAGUGGACCCUCGAGUUACGUACCUCUCUGGAUAUGUAACCUUCAGGUCACGAACGUGGCAAACCUGGAAGUAUUUUUCUGUGUUACGCCGCUUGCACAUGCACAGAAGUGGCGCCUCUGGUUAUGGAUUUUUCGGGGUGCGCAUGGACCCCCAGAACAAAUUAAAUCAGUAUCCAGAGGGUUGUUUUUUUUUUAACACAGCUCCUGUUUUGGAAAAUGAAUGAAAGUAACUUUAGCACAUUAUUUGUUUACUUAGUUAUUGAAUUUAUAUUCCUCAUGAGGAACCCCAGGGUGGCAAACAGAUCCACACUUCAGAAAGCAAAGCAGAAACAUUCUAAAACUGUUAGAACAUUAUAAAAACAAUUACCGUAUUUUUCGCCCCAUAGGACGCACUUUUCCCCCUCCAAAAAUGAAGGGGAAAUGUGUGUGCGUCCUAUGGGGCGAAUGCAGGCUUUCGCUGAAGCCUGGAGAGCGAGAGGCAUCGGUGCGCACCGACCCCUCUCGCUCUCCAGGCUUCAGGAAGCUAUCCGCAAGCCUUGCAAGCCCGGCGGGAGUUCCUGCGGGCUCACAAGGCUUGCGGGCAGCAACCUGCAGCCCCGGCGAGUGUCCGCAAGCCUUGCAAGCCCGGCGGAAGGGCUCCCCGUGCUUCGGGCGAGUGUCCGCAAGCCUUGCACGCCUGGCGGGAGGUCCCGCUGAGCGCGCGAGGCUUGGGGCGGCAGCUUGCCACCCGAAGCACGCGGAGCCCUCCGGAGGGUGCCCCGUGCUUCGGGCAGGUGUGCGCGAGGCUUGGGGCGGCAGCCGCGGCAGCGGGGGGGGGAAAAUAAUUUUUAAAAAUUCAUUCCCCCCCCCCAAAAAAAACGAGGUGCGUCCUAUGGGCCAGUGCGCCCUAUAGGAUGAAAAAUAUGGUAGUUUUUUUUAAAAAAAAUAUUCCAUCCAGUGAUCUCAAGGUUGCCAGGAAAUUCGGCCACCAAAUUCCUGCAUAACCAGGAAUAUUUUCAAAUUUCUCAUGAAAGUUAAUAAUGGCAAUAGGCACAGCUCACUGGAAAGAGAAGUAACACCAAAAAAGCCCUGUUGUGGGUCAGUGCAAACCAAGCAGAUCUGGUGGUUGCAUCACCAAGGCAUCACCUGCUUAUUGUAGGGACUGAGAUGAUUGGUACUGGAGUAUUUUUUAGAUACUGUAUUUAGUUUCCAAGCCUCCAUGCAGGAGGUCACUAGAGCUUAGGCAACUGACACUAGGUUAUCCUGGUCCAGUAACCAGACUUAACUGGGCAUAACCACCUAGCAGUGGAAGCCACUCCAGUGAAAAGAUGGCAUUCAGGAGAACUUCCAAAGUAUGUCUCCCCACCCCCAAAUAAUUUGGACAACACUCUUUCUCAAGCCAUAUGGCCUGUGUAUGUAUGUGUCAGUAUUUCUGUUGAAUAAAAUAUUGUCCAUUUUAAUACUUCCUGAUACUAUGUGGAAAGGGCAGGGGAUAUAAUCUGCAGGUAGAUUAAAAAGGUGUAUUUUUAAAUAGAUUUUAAAACUUGGUUUGGAUUUUCUGGAAUUUUAAAUUUAAUAAAUUCUCAAAUAACCGUGCUGUUAAUAUUAUAUCUUAACCAAAGCAUGUUUGCUACAGUUAUUCUUUAAAAUGAAGUAGUUUCUCUACCAGCUACGUAGUUAACAGAGGCUUCCUAUUUAAAUCAAGAGCCAGUUCGAUCGUUUUUUCAAAUGAUUAUUUACAGUCCAACUAGCAAACAUAAAUGUUUAGUUCCACUGAAUGAAAAUGAUCUCUAGUCUGCUCAAUAAUAAGUUAUUGCAUUGCAUUCUUCAUUAAAUUAUCUUUCCAUUGAUACAUAAUGUUAUGGUAUUACUCCAAAAAAAGGUGGUUUAUGAGCCAUCAUUGCCAAAACAAUAUGACACCUGAUUGGCUCUCUAAACGCUUUUUCUGGUUAUUUGGCUAUAAUGCUUGAUAGAGUACAGAUAAUUGAACAAAACUUGUUCCAUUACAUUCUUAAAUUAUCUUUCCAUUAAUAUAUAAUUUUAUUGUAUUACUCAAAAAAAGUGGUGUUAUGAGCCAUCAAACCUUGGAAAUACAACAAUUUUGGCCACUAGUGUAUUACUUCAUAUAUUUGUUGAACCCUGGGGCAAAUCUGACAUCUAAAUGCUGCCUUAAAACUAAAUGCCCGUUAUUUGGUACUACCAGGCUUUUUUCCUAUUUGUUGGAGUCUACACCUUUUAUAAGAUUUCAUUUUUGUUAGCCGAUAGAGGGAAAGUCGUUAAAAUAUUCCAUUAUGACCAGUAGCCAUGACUGUUUGAGAUAAAGUACAAAAAUACAGGAAUGUGAACACUGGACAAUUGUGUGUGUCUUCCUUCCAGUGUUGUUGCUUUCUGCUUGACUCUGCUUUCACCACCAUAACAAACAACUUUAUAUGCCACCUAUCUGACUGGGUUUACAAGCUGACUAAAUGAAAGUACAAAAAACACAACAAAACCCAACCAACUUGAUAGCAAUCACAGCACACUGACAAAUGUCCUCCUUAUUUCUGUUGUAAUAAAUAAUCCUUCAUAAAAGUUAUUGCAUUGCAUUCUUCAUUAAAUUAUCUUUCCAUUGGUAUAUAAUGUUAUGGUAUUACUCCCCAAAAAAGUGAUGUUAUGAGCCAUCAUUUCCUAAAUAAUGACACCUGAUUGGCUCACUAAAGCAUUCAUUUUACUGAUUAUUUGGUUCUAACUUUUGAUAGGAUACAGAUAAUUGAACAAACCUUGUUGCAUUACAUUCUUCAUUAAAUUGUUUCCUUUGAUACAUAAUUUUAUGGUAUUACUAAAAAAAAAGUGGUGUUAUGAGCCAUCAAACCUUGGAAAUAAACUUUCCCCCAAAAGUUUCCACAAUUUUCGCCGCUUGUGUAAAUGGGAAACAUGACUUAAAUUAAUCCACCCUGCUAAUCUGGUAAUCUCUUUUUAGGGCUAAUAAGUAUGGUGAAACUGGAAAUGAGUGUGCAGAAGCUUACUUUUUUUACGGGAAAUCACUUCUGGAAUUGGCAAGGUAAGUUAAUGUGACCUGCUUUGGGCCACUUGGUGGUUUGAAUAGUUAAUCUAGAUUAGGAAGGCUAAUAUAAUUUUACAUGGACUGGCAUCUACUUCACCAGUUUCUCCUGCACAGAGAACUGAAGUUACCUUUUGUAACCUUUUCUCAGCAUAGUGGCAGCCAUUCUAGAGCUACAUAAUCAGGUCAACAAACUUUGGUUGGUCUUCCUUGUCAACCAAAUAUGUAUUUGCUUCCAGGACGCCUGGAGCAGGAUCUGUUAACUGGUGUUCUUAUGCUACAUCAAUACAGCCUUGAGUUCAAGCUUUGAACGCUAAAACUGGUGAGGGAAAAGAUAACAGCAAUGCCUACUUACAUCUUCUAGAAUGGAAAAUGGUGUGCUGGGAAAUGCCUUGGAAGGAGUGCAGGUGGAAGAAGAGGAAGAAAAAACAGAAGACUCAGUGGUAGAAAGUGCUGAUAAUAUAGAUGGUAUGUAGUGCUGUCUUAACUCAUGAUAGAGAUGCCAAGCUGUGUGUGUUCCAAGUGGAUACUAGACAAGGGUCAUUUUAUUAUCAAGUUGUUUGAAUCUUAAACCGCAACUAAAAAGACUCUCUAAAAAUCUUUUUAAUGAUAAAAUUGACCAAAAACUUGUUUAAAAAACUUAAAAACCUGCCUUUUAACAAGGCCAGUGUGUCUACAAACCUAUAGAUUAAAGCAUUGUUUUGAACCAUGUGGGCCUCACUUUGUUUCUUAGUAAAGCAUUGGUUUCUAUGCUUCAAGAUCUUAAGGACAGUCAGCUAAUUGUUUCUAAAACCAUGAACUAAUUGGGCAAAGGUUCUGUGAACAAACUGAAUAGUAACUCCCAGUAUUACUGCUUAUUGCAAAACUGUUUAGUGUAUAGCACAUUGUGGCCUAGAUCUUUUGGGCAGUGGCAUCUAAUAAGAUUUGGUGCUGUGAAGAUCAUGUUGUGACAAUAGGCCAUGUUCACUUAAAGUGGAUAGUUUGUCUAAUUUUCAAUACUUGCCCUGUCCCUCAGUUCGUAGCAUCUUCCUCUGCAAUCCAGUGCAAUGUCUUGUCUAGACAAAGCUUGGCAUCUCUUGCUCAGCUGUUACUAUGCUGGCCUACAACUCAUUGCUUAAGCGCAACUCCUUGCAAGCCCUGUUAUGGAAGGCACUUGUUCUCAGUUUAAGGGUCCAAAAGGAUUGUAUUGAUUCCUGUAACUUUGAAGCAAGACAUCAGUGGGAUGGAGGGUGGGAUGUGAAGAUCAUGAAUGUUUAUCACUAAAUUCGAAGGUUUGUUUGUGCUUGAUCUUCCUUAAACAUGUAGAAGAAGCAAGGGAGGAAUUAAGAGAGCAGGUAUAUAAUGCCAUGGGGGAAAAAGAUGAAUCCAGAAAAAAUCCUGAAGAGUCUCUGGUGCAUACAGGAGUGGAGAUGCAACCGAAGGAUGUUGAAAUGGAAGAGGUUGAGGAAGAAGUAGCAGCUAAGGAAGAAAAAGAAAAAGCAGCUCUGGGUGGAGAAGAUAUCACUGUUGUGGAGAAAAAGGAAGAGCAAGAGAAGGCAGAAAAGCAGGUAGAGGCAACUACGGAAGAACAAAACAUCAAUGAAGUAACUACUGAGGUAGCAUUAGAAGAUGAUGCUGCUAGGGAAGAGAAGCCAGUGGAUGCAGAAGGGACAGCUGGAGAAGAUAAGCGAGUGGUGGUAGAAGAGGCUAGGGAAGAUGCUGCUGUACACAGAGUGGUGGUUUCGGAAGAUGCUGCUGUGAAAGUUAAUCCAGUAAUAGAAGAGGCUGCAGAAGCAGCUGGGGGAGAUACUACUUUAGAAAAAGAAGUGGCUGCAGGGGAAGCACCUGGGAAAGAGAAGGUUGUUGAGAUAGCAGCUCAAGAGAGGAGAGAAGAGGAGGUAGAAAAGCAGGCAGACGCAAUUGUAGAAAAGAAUCCAAUAGUAGAGGAAUUGGUAAAAGCUUCAGGUGAGUUAGAGAGAGAAUUCAUGACAGCUGUUGAGAAAGUUGAAGGGCAGGCAGAAAAAGAACAACCAGCUAAAGCUACUGCUGAAAAGACAGAGGACAUGAAGCCUGCCACAGAACAGGUGGUGGUGAACUUGAAAGAGAAGGAAGAAACAUUGGAUUCAAGAGAAGGAGAACCUUCAGCUCCAAAUGAAACUACUCCUUCAGGGAGCAUCAAGCAGUCACGUGAAAUACAACCAGAAGAAAAAGCUGAAGUUGCUCCUAAGGUAGAAAAGGAAGAAGAAAAGGAUGACGAGAUGGGAGAGGGCGAAGGUAACAGGGAUAGAAGACACUUGUGGGUGGAUCUAUUUAGAGAGCUAACCCUUAGUAAGACUAAUCCAUUCAGAAUUCUCUGUGCCACAGGGAUGAAUCCACCCAAGGAGAAUUUUGAAGCUGCAAGGAACAGUUGAAUUGAAACAAAACUAACAAGUUGAGCAAUAAAUUAUUGGCUUUUUUGGGGACUGGUUUGCAUGAGCAGCAAAUAUAGAAAGCAGUGGCUCAUAGAGAACACUGAAUGGAUGUUCACUGCAUGUUUUUAUGUGAAUGCAAGAUUAACUCUGAACAAUUAAAAGCAUAGUACUAGAAUAUAUAUUGACAACCAGAUCCACAAAAAUACAGCAACACGAGGGUGCUGGCUUAAUGACCUGUAUUAAACAACCUAAAACCUAUCAUGCUUUGAGGCCUAUGACUAGAAACAAGUGCAGGUAAUAGACAUCACAGCUUUCAUGUCCUGCUUCUCUUGCUUUAGCAUUGCUGUUUAACUACCUUAUAAUACCUUGAAAAUGUUUGUUUACAAGUGAGAUUCUAAGUAGUGAAAUAGUUGUAAAUCUGAUAAACCUUCGCAUAAUACAACUGUUUAACAAAUAUUUAGUCACUUUGUGUUCCUAUUUGAAAAAAGUGACUAAUAGCGAUAAAUAAUAGGGAUACAGUACAGUGGCAAGUUUGCUCUGGCAACUAGAGCCUCGUCCUAUGCAUUUCUAGUCCAAGAGUAGCUUAAAAGCAUGACCCUCUAGAUACUGCUGAACUAAAACUCCAUAAUCCCUAAUUAUUUUGGCCACGUUGGCUGGAGCUGGUGGGAGUUGUGGUUUAGCAACAUCUAGAAGAAUACAAGAUAGCCAUCCCUGUUCUAGUUUGAAGUCCGGUGUUUACAGCAAUACUUUUUCCCUUGGCUUCUGUAGUAGUUGUUACAUGAAGACUGUUGAGCAUAAGGCAGUUUGAGAUUGUGCUUGCUGGGCAUCUGGAUUACUGAAUAGCUGGUAGGAGGUCAGAUUUCUUGCUCCAUAAGAGGGUAUAUGUUCCCUGACACUGCAGAAUAGGUGUCUGCGCUAUCCCAUAGUUUAUGUAAGUUCCUGUGCCUGACACCCAAUAGUACAUACCUGUCAGUCUCCCUAAGAAGCCAUGCAAUGACACUUAACUAGAAAUAUUAAUAUUUCUGUUUUAUCUUAACUAUGAAAUGUGACUACUUCUAAGGAGUGCAAUUUUAAAGCUCUUCUCUUUGUCUCCCCCGUUACUAUGAAAACAAAACUUCUAUGGGGAAGCUAUAAAAGUAUUAAAACUUGUUCAAAUUCUUUUUAACUGACAUGCCAGGGGGUGCCAUGCAAGCAGCAUAAAGGAGAAAGAAUAUCCUAACGCUGAAUAUUUUAAUCUAUGUAGCUCCCCCUCAAAACUUCGUAUAAACACAUGUUGCAGAUUGCACAGAAACCUACCAAGCCAACCCUCAUGAACACAUAGGUUGGAAGUGUAAUAGUGGUGGAAGAAUUUCACAGCUGAAUAAAACAAAUAGUCAAGUAAAAUGGAUGUAUAAACAGUUGGUUGUAUAUUAAUAAGAAACUAUUAUUGUAGAAAUGGAAGGAUCAGAAGAGGAAGAUAAAGUUGAAGAGGAUAAAGAAAAUGACUCUGCAGUUGAAGAGGAUAAAGAAAAUGACUCUGCAGUUGAAGAGGAUAAAGAAAAUGACUCUGCAGUCGAAGAGGAUAAAGAAAAUGACUCUACAGUUGAAGAAAAGGUGAAGUAUAAAAAUGAGCAUUCAAGCCUGUUAAAGAGCUGGUUCAAUGUUUCUGUCAUGGAGAAAGGAACAUUGUUUUUAUGGAAACUAUUUCCGAUUACAUAUGUUUUCUAGAGCAUAGGAAGACUGAAGUAGGCAGUUCCUUCCGAAGGUUCAAGAUUAUAGUAGGGGUGUGGCUUUGAGUACUCUGGUUCAAAGCAGCAUUUUAACGUUUUAGUCUGUUAAAACUUUAGCCUGUUUUUCCUUCUAGAUGCUUGUUCGUUCUCCAUUCUUAAAAAAAAGCCCUUAUCCUUCUCUCUGCUCCCCCCUUCUUUCCUUGUCCCCUCUGCUAUCAAAAUCUCUUGUCUACUGACACAAUGCAUUCAUACAUUGAAACUCAUAAACUAGUUUCAGUGAAGCAUUGUGGUCUCCGUCUAGUACCGCACCCAUGGUUAAACUAAUUUCUGUAACCAUUCCCACCUUCUCUAAACCUGUUGAGUGUCUUUUAUUACAGUUGUUUAAAAGCCCAAAAGCAGGCCUCCAAAACCUACAGGAAAUUGGGAACAGGUUGCAUCUCCUCUGCCUCAUAUCACAGCAAUAGUGAUUUGCUACAGAAAGGGAAAAGGCUGUGCCUGAUAAUGUGCAUGGUAUCUGCUUAAUUAUCAGAAGCUUCCUAUUGUUUUAAAAAACUGCUAUUGAAACAGUUUUUUUGCAACAGUACACCACCUUCUGAAGUAAUUCUCUGCAGUCAACCAAUUUUUAACUCAACUGAAAGUAUGUCCUCUUGUGACAUCUCCUUUUUUGCCUUAACAUUAAAGAACUGGGCACUGCAUUUUUUCCUGCUAUUCAAACUAUGAAGACAGCGAGGUCAAACAUGAGGAAGCUACCUAGCUGAUAAGCUGAGCUGUUCAUCAGGGAAGCCUCAGGAAAGACCUGGGCAAGAACUGAAAUGACAUGCAAAGUGCUUUUGGAGCAAGAAUUAUAAUUGCCGCUAAUUAUAAUUCUAUAUUAUAAUUACAAUGUAGAAUGAAUAUGAGUAGGGUUACUCUGAAUCACAUUUACUGACAAGGAAUAUGUAGUGUUCAAUGCAAAAUUGAUUGCACUUUCCAAACAUUGGUUUUAAUUCUGCUUGUGAAGGAUUUGCUGGCUGAACAGCCAAUUCAUAAGAGGAGUGAGAUACAAUGUGAAGGACAAGCAGUUCAAAACUAAUACAGGAGGAAAGUAGAUAAUCCUCUAAAGCUGUUUGUAAAUCCUUUUUGUCAAGCAGUUAAUCACAGUCCACAAAUCUUGACUUGAAUCAUUAGCUAGCCAUUGGUCUUUCUGCAGAACCUGUGCUUCCAAGUCUUCUCUUUGUCUACCAGAAGGUGAGCUUUCAUCACACUAGGUUCUGGAACUGGCAGAAGCAUUGCGGUGAAGACUAUGGUACUAGGCAGAGUCUGGAAGACCAAGGUUCAAAUCCCCACUUAGCCAUGAAGCUCACUGACUGGCUUUGGACCUUACUGUCUCUUAGUCUUACCUCAGAGCUGUGAGGAUAAAAUGGGGAGAGAGAGAACCAUGCACACUGUAUUGAGCAACUUAAAGGAAAGGGACAUUAAUAGAGCUUCCUCUGCUGUGUUCAAGACUCCCUGCAAUAGAACUGGUGCCUUUGUAAGGAAGAAGUGCUGAUUUCCCUAAUAUAAAGUACUAAAUUUUGCUAACAAACGCUUCAGCAUAGGAGUUUGUGGAAGGGGUAUGAUGUUCCUUUUCUAAAGUUUAUAUAUUUGUUUCCUAUGGUGACUGGUUUCUUCAGUUGCCUGCUUUAAGGCAGGAGUUCCUGAGUUGGUCCAUCAACCACCAGUGGUCCACAAGCUUCAUUCAGGUGGUCUGUGUUAUGUCUGUAAAAAUACAAUUGGAAUCAUGGAGCAUCUAGCACAGGGCACUACAGUUGCUACAACAAGCAGAAAAAUCAAGUGGUCUGCCAAGAUCCUUAGCAAUUGCCUUUCUAUCCUUUUCUUUGACUUUCAAAUAACUUUGCUUUAGGAGAGUGAAGAAGACGAUGUUGGGAACUUAGAACUGGCUUGGGAUAUGCUGGAGUUAGCAAAAGUAAUAUACAAAAGGUAUGUCUGGGAGUUCUGACAAAUAAUGCCUUUUUAUACAACUAAAGGUGUUAUGACAAUCUUGCUGACUCUGCCUUCUUGAUCUAGACAGGACACGAAAGAAGCUCAGCUCCUUGUUGCUCAGGCUCACCUAAAACUAGGAGAAGUUAGCAUCGAAUCUGGUAACUACCUUAAAGUUGCUUAGGCAUGCAGUGGAUUAAUUUCUGAUACUAUUAUUCAUAUUUCCACUGCAUAUGAUAUUUUAGUUUUUGCAUGUCCAUUACAUAUUAUAUAAACUGUCAGUAAUAUAUUUUAUAUUCACUUUACAGUAUUCAUAUUUCCAAAGCUGCUCAGACUUUAUCAACUAGCUCAGAGUUUAUCAACUAAGCCUUUUAUUUUGGACACCUCAUACUGUACUUCGUUAUAAUACAGUUACCUAUACUAUUGGGAAGUACGCUGGUAGAUUGGUUACUUUUAUUCUAUUGUGGCCUAGUUCAGAUGCAUGAUUCCCUGCUUAUUAAAGCAUAGCUUAGAAGCCUUGAAGAACGAAUAGAGGCCCCUCGCCUUGGUCCUUUCUCAGUGUUUACACCCUGGUUAAAUGGUAAUUAAAUUUCAGUUAGCUAUUCUGCCUAAUAAUAAUAAUUACACUAAUUUUCUUUAUACCCUGUCCAUCUGGCUGGGUUUCCCCAGCCACUCUGGGCGGCUUACAACAUAUCUGAAAACAUCAAUCAUUAGAAACUUCCCUAAGCAGGGCUACCUUCAGAUGUCUUCUAAAAGUAAGAUAGUUGUUUAUUUCCUUGACAUCUGAAGGGAAGGCAUUCCACAGGGACGGCAUCAUAACCAAGAAGGCCCUCUGCCUGGUUCCUAAAUGCAACUUUAUCUACUAACCAGGAACUUAAACUAUAGUUCCCUGUUUUGAAUAUAAUGGCUAAUUGGAGUUUAACCAAACCAGGAUGUAGCUGAUGAAUAAGGGGAAAGGCAUGGGAAGGAAGCUUGCAGUCUCCUCAUUUGUUCUCAGCUGUUGAACUAUUUUGAGCAAGCCAGAUAUGCUUUCUAGCCACUGUUUCCACCAGUCUCUGCAGACUAUAUUAAAUGUAAAAUGUCCUAUAUUAUUCAAAAAUUGAUACUGGAAUCACGACAGGUUAUAAUGAUUGAAUUCUGCUUUGUACAAAUUUCUACCUUCAUAUGAAAGUCCUGUGCUUUACUUUCUGUUUUUAUUGUGCAGAAAACUACUCUCAAGCUAUAGAAGAGUUCCGUUCUUGCCUGGCUCUUCAGCAGAAGUACUUAGAGGCCCAUGACCGCUUGCUUGCAGAGACUCAUUAUCAUCUGGGGUUGGCCUUUCACUAUGAUAAUCAGUAUGAUGAAGCAGUGUUGCAGUAUAGUAAAUCGAUGGAAGUCAUUGAUAAAAGAAUGGGUAAGUGAAGUGCAGUUCUUCAUGCAGUUUUAGUUAAGCAUCACCGUUACUGUGUCCUCCAAGCUCCAAAUGUACAGUGUUGGGAAAGCUACAGAGCUAGUUUCUUCAUGAAGAGGUGUUCAGAGAGCUAAUGUGUCAGCUAGCAAACACUAUUUGGCAGCUGCUGAUGAUCCUUGAGAAUCUGUUUUAACAUACACUGGGACAAAGCCCAAAACUGAUGAGUAAAUGGCUCUAAAAGUACUAAUAUCACCUAAAUAUCACCUUUUUAGCGAUGUUGACUGAGCGACUAAAAACAAAAGGGGAGGGAUCAGCUGAGGAUGAGAAGGAAAUUGUAGAACUCGAGGGACUGCUUCCUGAAAUUAAAGAGAAGAUAGAAGAUUCAAAGGAGUCUCAAAAGAGUGCAAGAAUAGCCGAACUGGCUCUGAAAGCAACUUUGGUGAGUCCUAGGCUUACUACUACCAUUUUUUGUGAACUUGUGCUAGAGAGGAGCAGAUAGCAAAAUAAAUUAAGCUGAGAUACACAGCUGUAAAUAGGAAGAAAGGAUGCCAUUGAUACUUAGUUUUAUAGUGGAAAAUGCUAAAUUUUUACUUUGGGGGGGGGUAGGAGAUGACUUUUGAAGCACUGAGUUCAAAGACCUUACAUUGAAUAAUUAAUGAUAAGAUGACAUGUAAAAUUUGUUCCGGAGGAUCCCCCAAACUCUUGAGCUGAUUUUGAAGAAAGUUAGCUGGAGGUGACAGUAGAUGAAGCACUGUUAUAGGAAUGGAAGUUGUUGCAUCAGUGGAAAUGCAGGCUUGAAUAUGUCCCUUAUUCUUAAAGCAAGACUGCAGAUAGCAACUGCAAAAUAGCUUGGGGGUUCACACACUACAGAUGAGACACCUGUUUACUUCUCUUGUGGUCUUAAAAAACAUUGGGAGCUUGAAAAAUUAACUGCAGACCAGCUUCCUCAUUAUUGCUUCUCAUUACACCUUAAAUUUUAUAAAUUGUUCUUCAAAACCGAUGUGCUCUUCAUUGUACAUGUUUAUAGUUUAGUCCCAGUAGGCUUUUAAUAGUGACUUUUAGACUGAUAGAUCUCUUUUGUUUCCAGGUUGGUGGAUCAUCUUCUAGUUUUCCACAGGCAACUGAAAGCAAUCCAGCUUCAGCUGUAAGUGAUACUAAUCCCUAAAGCAAGCAGUUUAAUUCUGCUGUUCUAUAGUAUUUCAUAUUUUGCCUUCUGUUUUGUAACAGAUCCCAGCUGGGCAAAAAACUGAUGGAGCUCCUCAGUGUAUUACAGACAUCUCCCAUCUUGUCAGAAAAAAGGUUUGUGUCCCAUACAACUAACAAAAAUAGGUAACCACUGGCUUGCAGUACUUGAACCAGGUGUAGGCAAACUUGGCCCGCCAGAUGUUUUGGGACUACAGCUCCCACCAUCCCUAGCUAACAGGAACAGUGGUCAGGGAUGAUGGGAGUUGUAGUCCCAAAACAUCUGGAGGGCCAAGUUUGCCUAUGUCUGACUUAAGCAGUCACUUAAAAGCUUUGAUCAUUCUGCUUCUACAAAUUUCAGAAAUCCUGCAUAAUAUCUUCUCCACUGGGAGCCAAUCAGCCUGAGAACCAUCUAGCGCACUUGGUAGCUUUUGAUGGUUUUGUGCUGUGCUGUGCUUAUCUGACUCACCCUGGUUUAAUUUCAAAGCUUAAUUGUGUGGGUCCUGCAGGCACUUGAGAAUUUAGAUGUGUUGGGGACCUGCAAAAUUGUCCAGGGUAGAGAUUCAGAGUUUACAGGUAGCACGAAAUCCAUAUAAACUGAAUGUCACAGCCAGGCUGAGCUGGGUUCCCAUAUUUCAAGUGGAAAGGAGAAUUGGUUAAAAUAGCAAAGACAGUCUAAAACAAGCAAACUAUUUGUAUCUUAAGAUACCCCCCCUUUUUUUUGAUGAAAAAAUUCUUUAUUGAAAUUCAUUAAUGUCAUUACAAAUUUAACUUCACACAUACACAUACAUACAAUAUAUACAUAUUCUUAAAUUUGUUUAACUUGGAAUGUUAAUUUAACCUAAUUCCACUUAGGUAUCAGCUAAGCUAAAAUCAUAUAAUGGUACAUAAAAUAAAGUAAAACAACAACAAAUUAAAGUAAAAUAAAUACAGAUUUCCCAAUAUAGUUGACAUUUGUGAUAUUGAAUGUACUUAUAAUUAUUACCUUACAAUUAAUACAAUAUUUUUUAAUACUUUCUUACAACCUAGCAUACCAAUUUUCCUUUAUUUCUUAAUAUUUUAUGUACACAAGGGUCAUUCAAAUACUACCAUAGAUAAUAUGUCACUGUUAUUUUUUUGUAAGUAUCUCUUAAACAUUUCCCAUUUUUGAGAAAAUCAUUGUUUGGUGUUACCUCUUAACCUAUUUGUUAAUUGAGCCAUUUCCACAUAGUCUGUGUAUCAUCAACUUUUUGAGACAUUCAGACAGGACAAAUAAAAUGAAUUUGCCAAUGAGCCCUCUAAAUUUGAAAUAGUGCUGUUAAAUAAUGUCACCAAGAUUAUCACAAGGAUGUACUGACUCCUCCUUGACUGGGAAGUCGAGAAGGUGAAGGUGGUCAUGAUUAGAUGGGGGCAGGAUAUCGGAUGUCCCAUUAUGAUGAGAGAAUGGGAAUCACUCUGGAAAAUUAACAUGAACUUUACUGCAUGUCACACCAUCAAAGAAAAUAUGGUGAAAAUGCAGUUUUGGUGGUACCUUACACCAUCAAAAAUCUCAAAUGUAUAGAAAUAGUUUGAAUAAGUGUUGGAAGUGUGGAGAAAAAAUGGGAGAUUUUUAUCAUAUGUGGUGGACAUGCAGAAAAGUCCAAAAUUUUUGGAAUAUUUAUGAUGAGGUGAAAAAACAUUCAAAUUAACAUUUUUAAAGAAACCAGAAGCCUUUCUGUUAGGAAUCUUGGGUAGAGACAUUCCGAAAAAUAUAAGAGAAAUCUUUUUAUAUGCAACAGUGGCUGCCCGUCUAUUGAUAGCAUCUAAUUGGAAAGGAGAAAAGAUACAAUGUUAACAGAAUGGCAAAAAUAAAGAUACCCUCUUAACAAAAAUCUCUCCAUAUAUUUGAUCUCUUUCUUCUACAGUCUGCCUUCUGAUUUUGAGAGCUAUGUGUAGACUGUUAGGUAACCCAGAACUAGAUUGCUUUCAGUAUUGGAGGACAACUUUCCAAUAGCUGAAGCAGCAAUAUGCACCUUGUAACCUUUACAAGGCUGUAGCCCAGAACAGUUUUAAAGCACAGUUCAGUUGUCAGCUUAUUAAUAGUAAAUGCAUAAUAGCACUAGAUAUUCUUUAUUAAUACUUUACAUUUGAAAUUGUACUUGGUGAAGACUAAACAAUUUUGUCUUCAGAGGAAACCCGAGGAAGAAACUCAACAAGGAAAUAAUGAAGCUAAGAAAUCUAAACCAGAACCGGCUGUCAAUGGUGGUGGUGAUGCUACCCCCAGUGGAAAUGUGGUUGCAGAGAAAAAGGAAGAGGAGGUGGGCUGUCGAGUCAGGAGUCUUCUGUAUAUUUUCCGUUUCCCAGGCUCAUCUUUCCUGCCUGCCUUUAAUUGCUUGUUGGUCUUCUCUCCCAGACCACUUAAAGUUGGAAAUUUGCUUGUGUCAAAAUGCAUGUUGGAAUCUGUCUAAACUAAACCUGCUAGACUAGUUCUGUAUACUUGUAUCUCUUGGAUGCUUUGAAAUAGCAACUUUGCUUAAAGUACUAUUUAUGUAGGAGUCCUAAUUCUUUACAUUAUCAGAAGUAGAGAAAGGGAUUUAAGACAAAUUAUCUAAGCGUAAUUUGGUUAAUGGCUUCUGUCAAGAGGCAGCAGCAGCCAUGCUACAUUUAAGUAAUCAAUUGUACAUAAGUGUGUUGAAUGCUUUCAAGAGCUGUAUUUAACUGGUCAGAUAAAACAAAUGCAUGUACUAAAUUCUUUUUUCUUUUUUUUUACAGGCAGAGGAAAGGCCACAAGUUGAAACAGUUCAAAGUGCUGUAUGA